CGGCUCCGGCCUCGCCGCCGCCGCCGCCGCCGCCGCCGCGGCUCCCACAAUGCUCGCGUAGCCCGGCUUCAGCUCCCGUGGUGGCGGCGGCGGCGGCUCCAAGAUGGCGCAGACGAUCUUCGAGGCCCUGGAGGGAAUGGACAAUCAGACCGUCCUGGCUGUCCAGUCAUUGUUGGAUGGCCAAGGAGCAGUCCCUGAUCCAACGGGCCAGAGUGUCAACGCACCCCCUGCUAUCCAGCCACUGGAUGAUGAGGAUGUCUUUCUUUGUGGGAAGUGUAAGAAGCAGUUCAACUCACUGCCGGCGUUUAUGACCCACAAGCGGGAACAGUGCCAGGGGAAUGCCCCGCCCCUGGCCACAGUGUCUUUGGCCACCAACAGCAUCUACACACCUUCAGCAGCACCCACAGCAGUCCAGCAGGCCCCACCUCCUGCAAAUCGCCAGAUCUCUACGUACAUCACAGUGCCCCCAUCCCCACUGAUCCAGACCUUGGUGCAGGGGAACAUCUUGGUGAGCGACGACAUGCUCAUGUCUGCUAUGUCAGCUUUCACAUCCCUGGACCAGCCCAUGCCACAGGGCCCCCCGCCCGUGCAGAGCAGCCUGAGCAUGCAUUCUGCACCCAGCUACCUCGCCCAGCCUCCGCCACCCCCACCACCCCCUCCACCACUGCCCCCACCCCCACCACCUCAACCCCCACCACCCCCACCUCAGAGCCUGGGUCCCCCUGGGCGUCCCAACCCCGGUGGGACUGGUGUGGUGGAGGUGUACAGUGCCACGGCACCCCUGGCUGGAAGUGGAACAGUGGAGAUCCAGGCAUUGGGAAUGCCACCCUACCCACCCCUUGAGGUGCCAAACCAGUGUGUGGAGGCUCCAGUGUACCCCACCCCCCCAGUGUACAGCCCCGGCAAACAGGGAUUCAAACCAAAAGGACCUGACCCCACUGCCCCCUUGACCAGCGCCACUGGGGGCACGGUGGCCACCUUUGACUCCCCACCAGUGCUGAAGACCCGACGGGCCAAAGGUGCCAGUGGACUCCCAGAAGCUGCAGGGAAGCCAAAGGCUCAGAAACUCAAGUGCUCAUACUGUGACAAGUCAUUCACCAAAAACUUCGACCUGCAGCAGCACAUCCGAAGCCACACUGGGGAGAAGCCCUUCCAGUGCAUUGCCUGCGGCCGUGCCUUUGCCCAGAAGUCCAAUGUCAAGAAACACAUGCAGACUCACAAGGUGUGGCCUCCAGGGCGCAGUGGUGGUACCGUCUCUCGCAACUCUGUGACCGUACAGGUCAUGGCCCUGAACCCCAGCCGGCAGGAGGAUGAGGAAAGCACAGGGAUGGGCCAGACGCUGUCGAGUGCCCCACAGCCCCCGGCUUUGCCCACAGCAGGUGAGGAUGAGGGGGACAAGCUGGAGGCCAAGCAGGUGGUCCUCAUUGAUAGCUCCUACCUGUGCCAGUUCUGCCCCAGCAAGUUCAGCACAUACUUCCAGCUCAAGUCCCACAUGACCCAGCAUAAGAAUGAGCAGGUGUACAAGUGUGUGGUCAAAAGCUGCGCCCAGACGUUCCCGAAGCUCGACACGUUCCUGGAGCACAUCAAGAGCCACCAGGAGGAGUUGAGCUACCGCUGCCAUCUCUGCGGCAAGGACUUUCCCUCGCUGUACGACCUGGGCGUGCACCAGUACUCCCACAGCCUCCUGCCACAGCACAGCCCCAAGAAGGACAGCACAGUCUACAAAUGUGUCAAAUGUGUCAACAAAUACUCUACCCCUGAGGCCCUGGAACACCACCUGCAGACCGCCACUCACAACUUCCCUUGCCCGCACUGCCAAAAGGUGUUUACUUGCGAACGCUACCUGCGGCGUCACCUGCCCACACAUGGCAGUGGGGGCAGGUUCAAGUGUCAGGUGUGUAAGAAGUUCUUCCGGCGGGAGCACUACCUCAAACUGCAUGCUCACAUCCACUCAGGUGAGAAGCCCUACAAAUGCUCAGUGUGUGAGUCUGCAUUCAACCGCAAAGACAAACUGAAGAGACACAUGUUGAUCCAUGAGCCAUUCAAGAAAUACAAAUGCCCCUUCUCGACACACACAGGCUGCAGUAAGGAGUUCAACCGGCCAGAUAAGCUAAAGGCUCAUAUCCUCUCUCACUCUGGCAUGAAGCUCCACAAGUGCGCCCUGUGCAGCAAGUCCUUCAGCCGCCGCGCCCAUCUCGCUGAGCACCAGCGUGCCCACACGGGCAACUACAAGUUCCGCUGUGCUGGCUGUGCCAAGGGCUUUUCCCGCCACAAAUACCUCAAGGAUCACCGCUGUCGCCUCGGCCCUCAAAAGGAUAAGGACCUGCAAGCCCGGCGACCCUCCCGGAGGAGGUCGGCUCCCCGCAGUGGCAGCAGUGGCGGGCACAAGGUGGUGGCACCCGUGCCUGACCCACUGGGGCUGGAGGAGUUGAAGGACACCGGGGCUGGGCCAGUGCCCGAGGCUGUCCCAGGGAAGCCACCCUUCUCGGAGCCGGAUGCCGUGCUGUCCAUUGUAGUGGGUGGCACGGUGGGCACCGAACCUGAGCUGGUAGUGCCUGGGCAUGCUGAAGGCCUGGGCCCCAACCUGGCACUGGCAGAGCUGCAGGCAGGGGCCGAUGGCCCCUGUGCCAUGCUUGCUGUGCCUGUCUACAUCCAGGCCUCGGAGUGAGGGACCCGUGGUGUCUGCUCCCAUGGCCCAGCCUGAUGCGCGCCUUUGAGUCUACAGCCUCUGAGGAAGCGAGCUGUCAGCUCAGUGGAAAACCUUUUGGAAUGUCACUUAUAAACCCUGGCCCAUGACCACCCUGCUGUAUCCCCUAUCCUUCUGGAAAGCUCUGUGGUGUUCUGGGACCUGGGGCAGGGCUGCCUGUGGCUUCCAGGCAGGGGUGAUGGCAAGAUAGAUGGCUGAGCCUGAGUGGCCCAGGGUCUGGCUGGGUCCAGGCUUGCAGUUGGGCUGCCUAACAGAGAAGACAGGGUAGUCCCGCCACCCACUCCGGGCUGCCUUAGGGGAAGCCCGACAUGGUCAGGGCCUGUAUCUGUUGUACCUUUUUACAUAAGGCUCCUCACAGGAUCCCCAGAUGAAUCUGUGAUGUAGGCAUUUAGGAGGUACUCAAAUGUUGUGGUGAGUGUGCAACUAUCAGCCCAGUCUGGCUUCAAAUCCAAGCGCUGUCACUCACUUGCUGUGUGACCUUGGGUAAGUCACUUCACCUCUCUAAGCCCUGUGUUCCUCAUCUGUGCAAUGAGGCUUAUGACAAUACUACCUCAUAGGGCUGUCAUGAGGAUCUGGUCUGAUGAAAUAAGCAAAGGAUUCACAUAGUGCCUGGCACUUGAAAAGUGCUCAAUAAAUAUUUUUAUCAAAAUGUGUAUCCGCAUGGCUCAAGCCAUAGCUUCGGCAGUCCCUAUGUGGCAGCGUUCUCCCCACCAAAGUGUGUGGGGGCUAAGGGCUCCAUGGACCCUCACGCAGGACUGUGCUACCCCAGUAGCCAUGGGGAGGUUUUGUGUUCCCAGAAUGACUGUUUCAGAACAUAGCCCUUGGAAACACGCAGCAGAAGGAGUUUCUACUCACUUUUGAAAAUGCAGGGUCCUGGGCCUCACCCCCAAGCCCUUUGGAAUCAGAAACACUGACUAGAGCCAGAGGUCCAUCUCGAGCAGGCCUCUGGAUGGCCACAGAUGCCCCUGCGUCCAGCAUUUCCUCCCCCAUCCGCCUCCUUCCAGGGGGAAGCAAACCAGGCUCACUGGGAGGGAGGGAGAGAGAGAGAAGGGGCCUUGGCUGAGUUUCUCAUUUAUUUUCACAACCAUCCUUCUGGGCCACACUCCCUCAGUUAUAAGAGAGGACACUGAGGCUCAAGACUGAACAGGGUGAGGCAUUGGAGAACUGUUGGGCUCAGUUUGAUAACUGAGUUUCCUUGAAAGCUGACACAUCCCUCUGACAUCUGUGCUGGGGCCCUUUGCCACAUCCUCAGGAAGGGUAGGAUGCAAGGGAGGGACAAGCGAGGCAGCAGUGCACAGCGGAGGGGGUGAGGGUCUUAGUGUACGCUGCCCUCAGAAAAGCUAGGAGAGGGACUGAUAGAGACAGGAUGUCUCUUUGGAAGAAGUAACAUUUGAGCUGGGCCUUCAUAUGGAGUGUUUUAACUCCUGGGUAGUUAGGGGAAGGCAAGGUAUGAGCCAUGACUUCGAGUUAUGACAGUGCAAGGCCUGUUGUACUCUGGUGCCAGUGAAUGGUCCAAGGUGACCAGAGAUUUGGACGCAGUGGGUAGAUCAUGAUAAUUGCUGUUACAUUCAAGUCUCCACGUGGACAUAUUAUGGGCACUAUACUAAGUCUUUUAUUUCAUAUUACCUCAGCCCCAUUAGGUGAGAAUUGCUGCUUUUCUUAUUUUACAGAUGAGGAAGCAGAGGCACAGAAAGGCAAAGUUCUUUGCCCAAGCUCAUACAGCUAGUAAGUCACAGAGCUGGGAUUCAGGCUGGGGAGGCUUGUCUCCAUGUGCUGUUAGCCACUCUGCUCUGUUGAAAUAUGGGCUGAUACUGAAUCAGAGAUCCUUGGAUGCUGGGUUAAGGAAUUUGGACUUUAUUCUCUAUAUAAUGGAUGAGUCAUGGGAGGCAUUAAACAUUUUAAAAACUUGUGACAUUAAAGGAAAUGUUAAAAACCACAUUUUUAUCCUAAUACGGCUAUUUAAAUUAUAUUUCUGCCUCUUCCUGCCAGUGUACACAUGAAUGCACAUUUACCAGAAUCAUGAGGAUUAACGUUUAUUAGGCACUUAUGUUAUGCGGUGCCUGGCAUGUCUUAAACACUUCGAGGUAGGUGAUGUUUUUAAUCUCAUUUUAUACCUGAGAUGAGGCAACAGGCUCAGUGAGGUUAAGCAACCCCAAGUCAUGUGGCAGUUGGUGGCGGAGCCAGGUCACAGAACAUAUCAAGGUCAGGUCUGACAUUUAAUAGAUGCAGAGUUGGACUACAGGGGAGGAGGCUAAGGCAAUUUUGGGGUUCUUGUAGCUGAACCUCUCCUACAUUGACAGAUGGGGAUAUUGAGGCCCAAGAGGGGAAGACCCUUAGUGAAGGGUCACUCAGGACCCCAGGGUUUCUUACAGAGCCCCAAGGUACUGGAUAGAAUGUAGUGUAAAUGGGCUGUCCCACAGAUUUUAGCAUCUGGAAGAGCAGGGUUUGAAUCUUGGUUCUGCCCCCUCCUGGCUGUGUGCCUGUGGCAAGGCACUUCAUCUCUCUGAACCUCCCUGUCCUCAUAUGUCAAACGGGGAGAAUAAAUAGUAUCUACCCAAAGAAAUUGUCACAGUUCAGAGGGAGAACUCAGGUAAAGUAAAGAUCACAAACUGGCAGCUUGUAGGUUGAUUCUAGCCUACAGAGAAACUUUGUUUAGUUUUCAGUGUUUUAAAAAAUGAGCCAACAUUUAAAAAUAAUGAAAUAUAAAACCUACUGUAAUGGUAAAAAGUGAGAUGCAUUCUCUUUGUGUUAAGAACAAGACAGGGAUGCCUUCUAUCAUGACACCAACAUUAUUUUAGAGGCCUAGCCAAAGCAAUAAGUCAAGAAAAAGAAGUAAAUGGUAUAGGGAUCAGAAAUGGUGAAAUAAUAGCGAGUAUGCUGAAAUAAUUACAAGAUCAAUAUAUAAAAAUUUACUGUGUUCCUAUAUCCAGAAACAAUUAGAAAAUUUAAUUAAAAUUGGGAGAUUUUACCUAAAAACCUGGAUUUCUGACUUCUAAAUUUAAAAUUGGCGUCUUUCCCAGUGGGGCAGCAGUUAGGUGCAGCUGCUAGCCAGGCCCUUUCAGCGGGCACGUGCAUUCCAUAUGGCCAUAGUUAUCCUUCACUGCUGCCUCCCAUUGUAGCUGAAUGCCAAUUUCUACUCACUGUACUUAUGUCGAUUUGUCUUAGAGUAGAGAAGUAUUUCUAAUUUCCCAUGUCCCUCAAAGGUGGGAAAACAAGAUGGCUAGAGAGGAUCAUAUGAUUUUUCAUGGUCUUGGACUACUUUACUCAUCCAUUUCACUGUCUGGACUUUGUGGGUAUAUGACUUGGGGAUCCCUGUAAGUCCUGCUUCCUUUCCUCCCUUCCCUGUCCAGUCUUCUGUCUGCCUCUGCCUCUCAGCUAGUCGGCCUCAGUUUCUCUACCAAUAAAUGUGGGGGAUUGAGUUGUGGCUAACUUUACUGUCUAUUAAGCGCCAAGCCCUGUGUUCCAUGCCUUAUUUACUCGUCACUGAGUCCUCAGGACGCCCCUCAGAAGCAAGCUGUCUUAUUAUGCUCAGUUUACAGAUGCAGAAACCAAGGCUCAGAGAGGUGUAGUAACCUGCCCAAGGACUCAUAGCCAGAAUACAUGGAGCUGGACUUCAAACCCAGGAUUCCAAAGUCCCUGCCUUGUCUUAGGAUCGCUAAAGCCCUCACCUGCCCUCGUGAGCUGGGGUUUUAUUUGGAACCGCUUCUUUGAGGCUCCAACCCCUGUUCAUCUCCUUGGCCACCAUUACCCUGUUCAGGCUGCCAACCUCUUUCGCAUGGGUGACUGUAUCAGCCCUCUCUUUGGCCUCCCUGCUUUCCCUCACCAUGAUCCAUUUUCUUGACAGCAACCCAACAGAUCUUUCUAGACCUGAAUCAGAUUGUGCCACUUUCUGGCUUUUAAAGAUUUUUUUAAAAGCCUCUAGUGGCUUUUGAUUUCUCCCUGAAUGAAAUAUAAAGUUUUUUUCUGUAGAUUUCAAGGUUCCACCUGAUGCCGCCCUCAUCUGCUACCACUCGUCUCUCAUUCCAGCCACACCUGCUGUCUCACUGCUCCUCCAUCAUAUAAGCUGGGUCCUGCCUUAGAGCUUUUGCACUUGCUGUUCCCUCUGUCUACAACUUUUUCCCCCUGGAUCUUCAUAUGGCUGGCUCUCUCACUCCAUUCACCUUGGUCCAAAAUUCAUUCCCUCUGAGAGGCCCUCCAAUCUGUCUACAAUAGCUCCCAUCCCUCCCCCAUCACAAUCUAAUUCCUUAUACUGCUUCAUUUAAAAAAAUAUUUUUUUAAAGAUUUUAUAUUAGAGAGGAAGGAAGAAAAUAUUGAUGUGAGAGAGAAACAUU